AUGACACAGGUCAAGGCAUCUUUGCCAGCACUCCGUGAAUCGAAGGGCAGUAUCAUCCUUUGCUCUUCUGGUGCGGCCACUGGCGCCUACUCGACUUGGGGAGCGUAUGGUGCAUCCAAGGCUGUGUUAAACCACCUUGCCAUGACUCUUGCUGUUGAGGAACCCGAUGUGACUACUUUGAGUAUUCGGCCUGGAACGGUUAAUAGUGCAAUGCAAGACUCUAUCCGCGAAGUGCACCAUACUCAGAUGGACGCCAAAGAUACAGCUAAGUUUAGAGAGCUAAAGGAGACUGGAAGCUUGCUUGAACCCGAGCAGCCCGGCCAUGUUAUGGCUAAAUUAGCACUCGAUGCGCCUAAGAACUUAAACGGAAUGUUUUUAAGUUGGAAUGAUGAGAAGCUCGCGGCUUUCCAAGAGUAG